AUAUUAUAUUCAACAUCGGCAAAGCAUACUGUUUCGACAUUUUCCAGAUCCAAGUAUUUUGCUACAUAUUCUACCUUUCAAGGAUUUCUUCUGCUCUUGGGUGGAAACGCUUUGAUUGUCCUCAAUUGGGUCUCUUACCUUUAUCACGUCGUUUGGCCCACCAGUGAGCUUAGCGACUAUUUGAGGGUUCCUGUGCUGAACAAUAUUGGCCUUGAUGUAUCUGAGGUCGCAUUUGUUGGUCUCUGUGUGGAGCUCAACAGAGGGGACUUGCGGGAUGUGCUUCUAAGCCGCCAACGCACCGUGGAGUCACUUCGUUUGAUAAUUGACACGAUGACCAUGCUUUUUUUGUUAGCAAUCGUUGGAAUUUAUUGGGCAGUCCAAAUCAAUACUACGUUGAAGAAGUCGUCUUUGAGCAAUCAGGCAAAAGCAAUGCAACGUCGUAUGAAUUACCUACUUGUCAUUCAGACUGCUUGUCCAGUUAUGCUACUCCAUACGCCGGCAUUGGCGCAAUAUGGUAUGAUGUUUGGAGGCAAUACAAGCGGGACUGUUGUCGUGUGCUGCACACAGGCUCUCUGGGCCCUUUUCCCCGUUCUCUGUCCAUUAAUCACCUUUUUCUUUCUCAAGGAAUACCGGUCACUACUUUUCAAAAAAAUUGGAUUGAGGUACCGAUCCACCGUAGGAGCAAUGGACACAGUGACGUCAUUUGCUGCUAUACAGUUACCCACUAGAAGACCAUCUACGCAGAAUCGUUAA